UACUUUAUAAUGGCACCAAAGAGGAACUUGCGACGUCAACCGAAGAAGGGAGUUAAGAAUGUGGAAAGUAAGAGACGCGGUGGUAGCACAGCAGCAGCACCCGACUCUAAGCGUAUACGUACUACUAGGAAGAAAUCCAAAUCUGAGACGGAAAGCACCAAACUUCGAGGGCACGUUCCACUUUCCUCUCCCCCAUCUGAUACGCCCAUCGAUGCUCCAAAGGAACGGAUGUUGCAGGAUGCCGAUAUAAAUAAAGGUAGGGCACAUUCAUUCGGGAAUCCAAUAGGGGCGAACAAAGUAAUUACAAGCGUCCUCACAAGUGAGCAGCUCGAAAAGUAUAGACAAACAUGUUUUGGACACUUACUUGACAUGAAGAACCUUCGGUUCUCUGGUCAGUUAGUGCAUCACCUGCUUUGCAGACAAGUUGAGUCCAACAAUCCAGAAGUACUGGAGUUUAACUUCGGCGGAUCUGCAGUACGGUUUACGAAGUGGGAAUUCGCACUCAUUAGUGGGUUAAAGUUUUGUAGGUACCCUUCGAUGUAUUAUUUGCAAAUUUCCAAAGGAAAUGAGCUGCGCACGAGGUUGCUAGAUGACAGGAGUGACUUGAAACCGCCCGAACUGGAACGACUAUUCAAGGAUACACUUUUUGUGGAUGAUUGGGAUGCUGUUAGAAUUGCGUUACUAUAUUUCUUAGUUCAUGGUGUACUCGGAAUGGAUCCGAAGGUUCAAAUAAAAAAAAAAUUCAUUGAUUUGGUUGCUGAUCUCGACGUAUUUAAUUCCUACCCUUGGGGCAUUCUGAGCUACAAGGAGACGAUCAACUCAUUCCACAAUGCAUUCCAGCUACGAGGACGAGGACGUGCAGUAAAGAAUAUAUCACAGUAUUAUGACCUAAAAGGUUUUCCAUUGGUGUUUCAGGUGUGGGGGUUUGAAGCAAUCCCUGAUUUUGGUAACCAAUUUGCCGACCGGUUGGAAACCCGUUGUCCGAGGAUCCUUGGAUGGCAUACUCCAAGGCAACCGAACCAUUUUGCUGUCCAUAAUUGGUUCUCCUCCAAUAGCAGUUAUGUUGUGCACUGGACGUUAGAUGCUACCGAUGAGGAGAAGACUAUGGAUUACUGGCGAACAAUAGCAGUUGACAUACAUGAAGUUCGCUACACGUCACCUCCAAUUGUAGCACCAAUAGUUGGCGCUAAAGAUGUUAGAGCUAAAGAUGCGUCCAAAGCUGGGGAGCAUUCUAGUGGCCCUCCAGAUUCUAAUUUCAGGCUUGCUUGCUUGGAGGCAAAAGUUGAUGAAUUAAAUAAAGAGAUGGCAGCGUUAAGGAAGAUGCUUAGUUCUGUUAUUGACCAACAAAAGCAUCAGGUAUCAUUUAGACAACUUAGUAUACUUUACUUUAGUGCUUCAGCAUUAUUAAAUUACAUAUUGUAAUUCAGCAAUUAUUUGUUGUUAGAGUUUGGGAACUGCAA